UGACAUUUUUUUACAUACAUAUUUGUUUAUGUUUGUUUUAAUUUGAUUUCAUUAGAAUUUAGAUUUUUCAAAAAUAAUAAGUUACUCAUAUUCAACUAUUUAUUUAGUUACAAUAAUUGUAUUCCAUUUUUCUUUUAUUAUAAUUUUAUUCAUCCAGAUUCUACAAAAAACUAUUAAGGUGUCACACAUCUUACAAAUAUUUCUAUUUAUCCUAUAUCAAUAUUUAUUCAAAUGGCAUUGUGUCCAAGAAAAUAUUUAAUUAAAGAUUUAAUAGAUAAACCUACACCUUUCGACGUUUGGUUACAAGGUACAAUUGAGCAAACGGUGGGAAACGAUAUUUUGAUUAUUUCUGACAUAUCAGGUAGAGCAAAAAUAACCAAAUGCGAAUCUGCUGAUGGAAUAAUCACUAAGGACUCCAUAAAGAAAGGAACUUAUUGCUGCAUUAUAGGUGUAGUGAUGAAAACAAAAGGAAAAUUACCAGAAAUUCAAGCCAAUAAAUUUCUAGACUUAAAUUCACAACCACAAAUGAAACUAGCAUGGGAAUAUGAAGUAAAAGAAAGUGAAUUAUUAUACCAGGGAAAAUUACUACCUUCAAUAAAUUAGUCUUUUUUACUACA